AUAGGGAUUAUCCAGAAUCUCGUAUUCGAUAAUCCUUCUUAAACACAUCAUCUAGCGGGUGGGUAGGUGCAGUUUAAUCCGGUAAAGUAAAGUACGGAAUUUAGACAUACUAAGAUACUCUUCAAAGGAGGCGAAUCAUUAUCCGGGAACUUUCCGAAACAGAGUGUCCUUCAAAAACGCACCCGAAAAAGUUAAAAUUUAAAGAAUAAAAUAAUGCCAAAAAGUAAAACCAAGAAAAGGAGCGGGACAGAUGCGACUGAGAAUAGGCCUAAACGCAGCAGACAAUCCCAAGGCGGAACACCGGUUAACAGUGCCAGUCAGGGAGGCGGCGAUGUAGAAGCGCGGGAAUCACCAUUACAAGGUCACAAAUGUCUCUGGAUUAUGGGGUCCUCCAUUGUUCACUGGGCUGAAAGAACUGCAAGGCUGGAUGACCCACAACUUGGUUUUACAAAGCAUAACAUGUCAGUUAAGUGGAAGGGAUGCAGAGGUCUCGUUUUUGAUGGUUUAGAUAAACUCAUGGACUCGAUGUUAAUGGAAAUGCCAAAACCACAAUUUAUAUUGAUUCAUUGCGGCUCCAAUGAUCUGACAUCAGAGGGAGUCACAGGUAAAAUGUUGAUAGAAAAGAUUCAGUGUUCAAUCCUGAGAUAUCAAGCACUUUUCUGUAAAACUACAAUAAUAUGGUCAUCAAUCCUUCAAAGGAGGUACUGGCACUAUGCACCUCUUGGUGCUGGAAAGAAAAUAGAAAAAAAACGAACAAGAGUGAAUAUUGCAAUCAAAUCCUUUAUUCUUAAAAAUGGAGGUCAAUACAUUGACAAUAACAAUAUUUCUGCUAAGGAGGUAAACUUAUUCCAUACUGAUGGAACACACUUGUCAAGCUUGGGUAAUUCCAUUCUUAUCAACAACUGGAAGACAGCUUUGCAGUCUCUGAUUAACAGUACACCAGACAAUUCUUUACUAACAUUACCAACAGCCACCCUAUAGACAUCAUAAAAGCUGCGAAUGUCAUUACAUGUUAUGACUGAAAUGAAUAUCAAAAACUGUUACAUUCAUUUAUCUUAAAAUGUAUACUGUUCAUUUAUCUUAAAAUGUAUAUAAGUAAUCCUAUUCCAAAACAUGUUUACAAUGUUGUUUAUGUAUAAAUUUUAUAAUGGAAGAAAAAAUGUUAUUUUCUGUGGCGGCCCGGGGAGACGAAAAAGGGGGUUACGGGUACUGUCUGGCUCUUUCUCCUGGCCUGACUUGCUUGAAAGCAUGCAGGUUCAUUGUAUGUAUUAGUUUUAUGUAUUAUGGUGGGGUGCACUCCAGGGUUCCGUUGGCACCCCCCUCCACCUCUACGUAUGGAGGGGAGGCCCAGGGCAGGGCUACGUCCGGGACCCUCGUUGCUCAGGAGUCAGAUGUAAUCUUGGCAGCCCGCUAACACCUGUCCACUUAAGCGUGUUCAACUUUUGGGACUGACACCAGGUUGUAAACCUGGGUCACUGACUUGCCAGUGUAACAAGGCAGUUAGUAGUCUCCCCCGGGACUGGAUAAAAUUUAUGGGUUUUGCCCGUCUGCAGCCAAAAUUUCCGCCACAAGGUUAUGAAGUACCUUAAUAAAAGUAUAAUUGUCAAAUUA